GCAAUGACUACAGCCAGAUACAGACCUACCUGGGACUUGGUGCUUGAUCCUCUUGUGUUGUGUAAACUCUGCCUUGGGGAGUAUCCUGUGGAGCAGAUGACAACAAUAGCACAAUGCCAAUGCAUAUUCUGCACACUGUGCCUGAAACAGUAUGUGGAGCUCUUGAUCAAGGAAGGCCUUGAAACAGCAAUUAGCUGUCCUGAUGCUGCUUGCCCAAAGCGAGGUCAUUUACAAGAAAAUGAAAUUGAGUGCAUGGUUGCAUCGGAGAUCAUGCAGAGAUAUAAAAAACUACAAUUUGAAAGAGAAGUGCUUUUGGAUCCUUGUCGGACUUGGUGCCCAUCGUCUUCCUGCCAAGCAGUUUGUCAGCUUCAGGAAUCAGGACCUCAGAGCCCCCAGUUGGUGCAAUGCAAAGUCUGUGACAUAGAGUUUUGCUCAGCGUGCAAAUCUAACUGGCAUCCGGGACAAGGAUGUCAAGAAAAUAUGCCAGUCAGCUUCCUCCCAGGGGAAACAAGCUCUGUUUAUAAAAUGGAAGAAGAUGAUGCUCCAAUCAAGCGCUGCCCCAAAUGCAAAGUUUAUAUUGAAAGGGAUGAAGGCUGUGCCCAAAUGAUGUGUAAAAAUUGUAAACAUGCCUUCUGCUGGUAUUGUCUGGAAUCACUUGAUGAUGACUUUCUCCUUAUACAUUAUGACAAAGGACCUUGCCGAAACAAGUUAGGUCAUUCUAGGGCAUCAGUUAUUUGGCACAGAACACAGGUUGUGGGGAUUUUUGCAGGAUUUGGCCUGCUGUUAUUAGUGGCAUCUCCCUUUCUUCUCCUCGCUACUCCGUUUGUCCUCUGCUGCAAAUGCAAGUGUAGUAAAGGAGAUGAUGACCCUCUGCCUACUUAGAGAGAACGAAGAAGGGACCUACUCAUCAUGGCUGUCCAUUUCCUAACCCCC